AAAAAUGGACUCCCGCCAGCGCCUCGAUCACUUCAUGGCCGGCGAGGGAAAAGCUUAGGCAGAACGCGGCAAUGACGAAAAUUCUACAGGAGCGCCAUCAUCGUCAAAAAUUCAAAUCGUUUGGGCGCCCCGAAUCCACCUAUAUGACCAGCCAAUCAAUUCCUUUCCUCAUCUUAGAAUUCCACCAUUGCCUUCGCUGCAAACCAUGUCGGAAAUUGAUCUCGAUCAGGGCAUAUGGGACGAAUUUGAAGAUUACAGUGGUCCAAUCCACGACCUUAACUACGACCUGGAGUGGGACGACAGCGAGGAAGAUGAUGAUUCGGACGAUGGAGAAGGUUCUGAAAGUGGUGGAGAAGAGAACGAUCACGAUGAAGAAGAAGAUGCCAAUGGCGCGCGCGGACGAGGACACGGACGAGAUGUGCUGUGCUUUUUUUCUGAUUGCGGAGACGAUGAGACAUGCUUUCUACCAGCACCUUUCAUUAGGAAACCAAUCGCUGGCUGCGGAAAUCGAUCGUUGCCAGCUGCAUGCAGGGAGCACAAUUUCUGGACCGGAGGAGACUACUGCUGCAUGCGUGGGAGGGUAGAAUUGGAACAAUCCACCAAAAUCAGCUAACACGCCUUAUAUUUUGGGAAAAAUGGAGGAGGCUUACACGCCUUAUAUAUUGGGAUGGAGGGAGUACUAAGAUAAGAUGGUACCUAGCUCUUGUUUCGAAGCCAAGGCCUCCAUCCAUUAUCAAUAC